UUCCGCCUCUUAGCUUUAGCAUUAGCUUUAGCGUUUAGCUCCUGCACGUGAACUCUGCAGGUUUUUAUCUAUUUUAAACAGAAGUCAGGAACAAAUCAACAUCAGUUUUUGUUUGAAUUCUCUAUCAGAAGAUAACGCUUUGCUUCUGUUUCGGGAUCUUUUCGUUUUCCACCUUUAACCUGCUUAUAACCCUGACAAAGCUAAUGCUAGCCGGCUAGCAGCUAACCCUGUCAGAGCUGAAGUUUAAAGGUGAAGUUUAAAGUUUCGAUGAAUUCAUAUGAAAAUUCAUAAGAAUGAGAAGUUUCCUCGGUUUAAAAACUCAGCAGCUGCUCAGCGGGGUCUUCAGCUCGUCCGCAGCAGUGCGAUGGCGAGCAGCUCGGACCCGCCUCCUCUGCACCUCCUCACCGGAUGAAGGGAAACGCCCCCCCUCCAUGCUGAGACACCUGACCUCCAAGUUAAAAGCCACAGGUCCGAUUUCGGUGGCCGAGUACAUGAGGGAGGUUCUGACCAACCCUGUGACGGGUUAUUAUGUGAAGAACAACAUGCUCGGACCGGACGGGGAUUUCAUCACCUCACCUGAAAUCAGUCAGAUCUUUGGAGAGCUGCUCGGUGUCUGGAUCCUCAGCGAGUGGAUGGGAGCCGGUCGACCCAAACAGCUGCAGCUGGUCGAGCUCGGACCUGGAAAAGGAUCGUUGGCCAGCGACGUCCUCAGGGUGUUCAGUCAGCUGCAGUCGGUUCUGUGUGAGGCCUCGGUGUCUGUCCACCUGGUCGAGGUGAGUCCGGCUCUGAGUCGGCUGCAGGCCCAGACUCUGACCGGGGACAGCAGCCGGGAGGCGGACGUGGAGGACGAGCUGGUUUACCGCCGCGGGGAGACGGCCGCCGGCCUCCCGGUGUCCUGGUACCGCCGCCUGGACGACGUCCCCACAGGUUUCAGCAUCUUUAUCGCUCACGAGUUCUUCGACGCUCUGCCCAUCCACAAGUUUCAGAGGACGGAGAAGGGCUGGAGGGAGGUGAUGGUGGACAUCGACCCGGAGAAGUCCGAUCAGCUGAGGUUCGUCGUGACCCCGUCUCCCACCCUGGCCUCGUCCACGUUCGUUCAUGCCGAUGAGAGGCGGGAUCACGUGGAGGUGUGUGCAGAGGGCGGGGUCAUCGUCCAGCAGCUGGCCCGGAGGAUCCUGGAGGACGGCGGCGCGGCGCUGAUCGCCGACUACGGUCACGAAGGAACCAAGACGGACACGUUCAGAGGUUUUAAAGGUCACCGGCUCCACGACGUCCUGGCCUCCCCCGGCUCGGCCGACCUCACCGCCGACGUGGACUUCAGCUACCUGCGCAGGACCGCUGGAGGGGGCGUGGCCUGUUUGGGACCUGUCACUCAGAGGACGUUCCUGAAGAACAUGGGCAUCGACACACGGAUGCAGGCGCUGCUGAGGAACUGCAGCGACCCGUCCACCAGGAAGCAGCUGAUCAGCAGCUACGACAUGUUGACCAACCCGGAGAAGAUGGGCGAGCGCUUCCACUUCUUCAGCCUGCUGCACCACAGCCGCCUGGCCACACCCACGAGGGCCACGGGGAUGAAGCUGGAGAAGACGAGCCCGGCGCCGCUGCCCGUGGCCGGAUUCACCGAGCUCAGCUUCUCCUAGAGCGUCAGAAACAUCUGGAAACAACUGGACACUUGUCAGAUCUUUUCUAUUCAAGUGAGUGAGGGACACGAAACAGACUUUAGAGAAGAUCCAAGAUAUUUGGAGGAUCCUGUACAACACAACACUUGUUUGUUUUUGAAGCAACAUUAUGAAGCUUGAUGAAAGUGAGUCUGAUGUGUGAUGUGUGAGCAAGAGAAAGUUUCCUCCUUCUCUGCCUGAGCGUCUGUUCUCUGUGACUCUGCUGAGUGGGUUCCAUCUCCUGAGAGAAGAACUGACUGAGAGUCACAGACACAACCAGCUGCAGCUCAAGAGUGAAGCUGAACUGAGAUCAGUUAGAAAACCAGAGUUUAUCUCCAAUAUUCAGCAGGAAACUGUGAAACAUGAUGAAAACAGAGUUGGUGGAUUUGUUCCAGCUAUUCAGGUUCAGGAAGCAGAGGAUCAUGGGUAAUAUCCAGUGUUCACCACAUGUGGCUGCAGGGGGCGCUGCUGCCCAGUAAAACUUACAUCAUGUUGCUUUAAGUGUUUUGUGUUCACACGUGUCUCUAAUCCAGAGAAGAAGCAGUUUAUUGUCAUCGACCAGGUUGAACAUGAUCUGAACUGAAUUAUUAUUUCUGUUGAAGUCAGUUGUGAAAAGCCCGUUAACGUAAAAAUGCCAGAAAAUACAAAAAAAUAGAAGUUUAUUGAUAUUUACUUUUUCUUUAAUCAUGCGAAGGAGACACUUUUUAUUUUCAUAUUCUAAACAAUUGUUCAAAUUCUACAACUUGAAGUCGUGUUCAAACUCAAACUGACGCCCUGUGACUCUGCGUCAGGUCAAAGGUCGUCCCGCUGCAGGAGGAUCUCUCUCCUCCGUCCACAUCUGGAAGCUGUUAGUUGAGCUGCAGCCAAUCACAGCGAGCUCCUCCGGUAGCAAUUAAAAGCUUCAAUUACACGUGGUGGGGGGGGGGGGCGCCGCUGCCAAAACAAGCAGCCUUCCUGCAGAGCGGCGACAAAGGGAGUCGGUCGGGCUCAGGAUCUGGUUCAGGAUCUGGUUCAGGAUCUGGCUCAGGAUCUGGUUCAGGAUCUGGUUCAGGAUCUGGUUCAGGAUCUGGUUCAGGAUCUGGUUCAUUAAGAGAUCGCUUCCAAACAGCCUCUUUUUUUUCUUAAUUUGAUGACAUUUGGAUGAAAGGAUUUUAUUGAACUGAAGAAAAAACCAGGCGAUGAUUUAAAAUCUGUUUCUCAGAGUCAGUUUGAAAAGUUUUGACUUUAAUAUUUUCUCAUCAAAAUCAUCCACAUGACACAAAGUUUCUUUCAAAGAUAUAAAACGUGAAAUAUAUUCUCAGGCUGGAGUCGGAUCCGGAUUCAUGAAGCUCGAUUCUCAGUUCGUCUUCAUUACAGAAAAAAUUAUUUGUAAAAUCACUUUUGAUUUGUUUUCUGCAAAAAUAGUAACGACUCAUCACUUAUUUAACUAAACAAAAAUCUUCGGAAACUCGAGAAAAAUAUUUAUAAUAUUAGAACAAACCAGAAGUUAAUCUCUUAUUUUUUUUUCAGAUUUCCCCGAAAGUGCAAAGAACAAAAAAUUAAACAAAACAUUAAAGUCACAAUUUCUUUCAGACUUUUACUUUCCUCUGAGUUUGUUGAAGUGAACGUGUGAAACAUCUUCAUGAGGCCGAAGAGUCGUAAAAACAUGAAGUCCGAUCGUAAAGUCUCAGGUUUG